AUGUUGUCUAGUAUCAGCCACCUGGUUUUGGACGAAAUCCACGAGAGGAACCUGCAAUCUGACGUUUUGCUCGUCAUCGUCAAGGAACUACUUAACCUUCGAGAUGACCUCAAGGUCAUCCUCAUGAGUGCCACGCUCAAUGCAGAGAAGUUUUCAAAGUUUUUUGAAAACUGUCCAGUUAUCCACAUCCCUGGUUUGACGUUCCCAGUGGAAGAGUUCUUGCUGGAGGACAUCGUGGAGAUGACGAGUUAUCGCCCUAAGAAUUCAGACCGCCGGCCCUCAUGGAAGAAAGGCUUCAUGCAAGGCCAUCAGUCCAGACCUGAGAAGGAGGAGAAGGAGGCCGAGUACAAGGAGAGCUGGCCUUGUUAUGCGCGCACUCUGCAGGACAG